GGGGCAGAGUGACGUCGUGCGAUUACAACAAAUAUAGGUCAAAGUACAAACUAGAUUUCUCAUAAAUUACUGGUGCAUCAUCUUAGUGCGCUUGCAUCGGGGUAGUCUCGUUAAGUUCGUCGACAGCAUCAGCAUGAAUCGCCUGGGCCGCCUGGUGGUCGUCACGAAAGUGGUGCAGCCCAAACAAAAUGCCCUCCAACUCGUCCCCAGGGCUAUGUUUGCCUCAGCCCCAGAGGCAAAUAAGGACAAAGAGGUCAAGGAGAACCAGUCGUUCACCAUGAACUUGUUCAGGGGGGUGGUCCAGGGCAGCCAGGUGUUUCCCUACCCUGACGUUUUGAAUGCUGAGCAGAGAGAAACCCUACAGAUGCUGGUCGACCCCACGGAAAAAUUCUUCGCCGAGCAAAACGACCCUGCCAAAAACGAUGCCAACGAACAAGUCGACCCAGUCACUCUUCAGGGUCUGCGGGAAAUGGGCGCCUUUGGCCUGCAGGUGCCGACUGAAUUGGGAGGAGUUGGCUUGAGCAACACGCAGUACGCGCGAAUGGUUGAAAUCGUCGGUGCCAACGACCUUGGCGUCGGAAUCACCCUUGGUGCCCACCAGUCCAUUGGCUUCAAGGGAAUUCUGCUUUUCGGCACAGACGAGCAGAAACAGAAGUACCUUCCGAAGGUUGCCUCUGGGGAACACUUUGCCGCCUUUUGUUUGACUGAGCCCAGCAGUGGCAGUGAUGCUGGAUCGAUUAAAACCCGAGCAGUUUUGUCUCCCGACGGAAAGCACUACAUUCUCAACGGAAGCAAGAUUUGGAUCAGUAAUGGUGGGUUGGCUGAGGUGAUGACUGUUUUUGCGCAAACCCCCAUUACGGAUGAGAAGACUGGUGCGACAAAAGACAAGGUCACUGCCUUUAUUGUCCAGAGGAGUUUCGGAGGUGUGACCAAUGGUCCUCCUGAGAAGAAGAUGGGCAUCAAGUGCUCCAACACCACGGAGGUUUACUACGAGGAUGUUAAAGUCCCUGUUGAGAACGUCCUUGGUGGAGUUGGUCAAGGAUUCAAGGUGGCCAUGAAUAUUCUGAACAAUGGCCGCUUCGGCAUGGGUGCUGCCCUUUCUGGCACGAUGCGUUCGGCCAUUCGUCAAGCCGUUGACCACGCUACGACCCGAGUCCAGUUUGGCCACACCUUGAAGGAGUAUGGAACCAUCCAGGAGAAAAUCGCACGCAUGGCCAUGGUGCAGUAUGUGACUGAGUCGAUGGCCUACAUGAUCAGUUCCAACAUGGAUUCCGGCUCCGUCGACUACCAUCUUGAGGCGGCCAUCAGCAAGGUCUUUGCUUCGGAAGCUGCUUGGUUCGUCACAGACGAGGCCAUCCAGAUUCUGGGAGGAAUGGGCUUCAUGAAGGCCACUGGUCUUGAAAGGGUCAUGCGUGACCUGCGCAUCUUCAGGAUUUUUGAGGGUACCAAUGACAUUCUCAGACUGUUUGUCGCCCUGACUGGUAUUCAGUAUGCUGGCAGCCACCUGAAGGAGCUGCAGAAGGCUUUCAAGAACCCUGCUGCCAACCUUGGUGUGAUCUUCAGUGAAGCUGGUCGUCGCGCCUUCAGAAGCGUUGGUCUCGGCUCAACCCCCUCCCUUGCCGAACAUGUGCACUCCAACCUCUCAUCUCCUGCCACACAAAUUGCCAAGUGUGUUGGCAACUUUGGAGAAGCCAUUGAAUCUAUCCUGAUGAAGCACGGACGCUCGGUUGUUGACAAGCAAUUCGAACUUAACAGACUGGCAAGUGCUGCCAUCGACAUUUACUCUUCAGCCGUUGUCCUUUCGAGAGCAACGCGCGCUCUCCAGAGUGGAUCUCCCUCUGCCAAGCAUGAGGAGAACAUGGCCACCAUCUGGUGCACAGAGGCUGCUGACCGAGUGAGGAUCAACUUGGGCGCCCUCACUUCUCGCACCAGCUUGGACAAUAACAAUCGCAUGGCCUCUAUUGCCGGUGACAUUUGCGAAAACGGAGGACUGGUUCAUGAACAUCCUCUCAGACUCUAAGCUCAAGACUUUUUCCACUUCAUUUGUCAACUUUCGAAAGGAUUGUGGACUGCCUGAUUAAAGGAACAAUGCAUACUUUGUUAAUUACGUUGAUUGUGUUACCUUUUUAUUUAUGUUGAUAGAUUCUACCUCUUGAUUAUUCCUGUUUACAUUUCAUUAAAAUAUGAUUAAUUAUUACAA